AUGAGCACAGGCUUUGGAAAGACAAUGGCGUGCGCCAUGCAUGCAAUGGCGAUGGUAUACGCCAUACAUGCAAUGCCGCUGCAGGAAAGGACAGAAGGCAUAAGUGUGUGGAGCUAUAGCGAGCCGGACAGCUUUCUCACGUGGAAAAGCUACCGCGAAGAGCCCAUUUUUUUUAUGAAGUCGCACGGCGAGACAAACCCAAGCCCGGAUUUUCGAAUUCAGUACUUUUCGCAGAACAGCAAAAACCCGAUCGAGCACAGGCUGCCCGUCAAAAUCUUGACAGAAAAAGGAGAGGCCCUUGGGCUGUGUAAUCUUAAGGUGCGCUCGAUUGUUCCGCAAAAUGAGCCAAUGUGCAGCAGCAUGUGGGUUUUUGUGCCAAGGCAGCAGGGCGGGUUCUUCAUAAAGCCGCAACACAACCAGGCGAUUUGCCUGAACAAUUCUUAUAUGGGAUACAUCACGGCGGAGCCGUGCCGAGAGGAAUGGUCUUCCAUGGGGUUUAUGUAUGGCACGCCGGAUAUGCGAAGGGCUUUUCUGAUGCUGAGAGACUUAGUCGACAUGACAAAGGAAAACUCCGUAAAGAACGACUUGGCCCACAUUUUAUCUACAGGCAAGUACAUGUAUGGGCAGACGGGCCAUGCGCAUGCGGCCAUAGAAGCACCGCCUCCUUACACGUACACAGCGCUAAAAGAGGAUGCACCGCCUCCGUAUGAAGCACUGGACGAGAAGAAAGAGCCUCCUCCGUAUGAUGAGCUGGACGAGAAGAAAGAGCCUCCAAGAAAAAUGCACUAUAAAUCGUACAAAAAGCGCAUAUAUCGCCCUCCGCAUCGCUCUAAAGAAAAAAAGCACGAGUUUGAGCAUGCGCUAAAUGGCAAGAGCAUUCUGGACAUAGACUAUUCCUCUGUAAACAAAAUGCGGUCGUUUCUCGACACGCCCAGCCCAGGCAUAGGCUUAACCCGAAGCCUGCGAAAUCAGUCCGUCCGAAAGCUUCUGAGGAGGCUACGGCGCAUACAGGCAAGAGCACACAUUAGGUUUAACGGGAGCCUCAAGAAUUGCAACUACUAUGAAUGUGUAUAA